UUUUAUGAUUAUUUAACUUUGGAUCCUCAAACAGAAGUCAAAUGGCUUGAAGAUCCACCGGAUGGUGCCAUUGGACAAUUUUGGUAUGACGAACAUUGGAAGACCAAGAUAUAUGAUGCUACUCCUUAUGUACGUGAUGGCGGCUGGAAAUUUCACCGAUUUAAGCAUGAUAAACACACCGCCGAUACGGAGCAGACACUGGCCGAAGUAUGGAAUAAAAUUCUUAACGCUGUAUCCAGAGACAUGUUGGAAGAACGGGUCAAUAUCAUAAGAGACAAUUGGAAACGACGACAGUCAAGCAAACAUGGUAGCCUACGGAUGCCAUCAACGCCUCUCUUACAAACCCCAACUGCCACGCAGACCAGCUUCGGUCACAGUUAUUUUCCGGAUGCAGGUCCAUCAUCGACUUCACCGUCAUCACUUUCAAAUAACCAACCGGUUUCGCCAUCCGA